GCUCCACCCUGACUCAGGGCUCAGUCUGUCCCCAGGGGAGGCCAUGAACACCACGGGGUCACCGUCCCCGGUGGCCCCCGAGUCCUGCUACUGGCUCGCGUCCGGGGGACACAGCCGGCUGAUCAUCCUGCAUUACAACCACUCGGGCCGGCUGGCCGGCCGCGGGGGGCCGGAGGACGGCAGCCUGGGCGCGCUACGGGGCUUGUCGGUGGCGGCGGGCUGCCUGGUGGUGCUGGAAAAUGCGCUGGUCCUGGCGGCCAUCGGCACCCACAUGCGCUCCCGGCGCUGGGUGUACUACUGCCUGGUCAACAUCACCCUCAGCGACCUGCUCACCGGCCUGGCCUACCUGGCCAAUGUGCUGCUGUCCGGCCCUCGCACCUUCCAGCUGGCGCCUGCGCACUGGUUCCUGCGCGAGGGCCUGCUGUUCAUGGCCUUGGCCGCUUCCACCUUCAGCCUCCUCUUCACGGCGGGUGAGCGCUUCGCCACCAUGGUCCGGGUGGCCGAGAGUGUGGCCACCAAAACCAGCAGGGUCUACGGCUUCAUCGGGCUGUGCUGGCUGCUGGCCGGGCUGCUGGGGCUGCUGCCGCUGCUGGGCUGGAACUGCGUGUGCGCCUUCGCGCGCUGCUCCACCCUCCUGCCCCUCUACUCCAAGGACUACAUCCUCUUCUGCGUGCUGCUCUUCGCCCUUAUCCUGGUCGCCAUCCUGGGCCUCUAUGGGGCCAUCUUCCGGGUGGUCAGGGCCAACGGGCAGAAGGCCCCGCGCCCUCCGGCCAGGCGCAAGGCCCGCCGGCUCCUGAAGACCGUCCUCAUGAUCCUGGUGGCUUUCGUCGUGUGCUGGGGACCCCUCUUUGGCCUGCUGUUGGCGGACAUCUUCGGCUCCAAUGUCUGGGCACAGGAGUACCUGCGGGGCAUGGACUGGAUCCUGGCGCUGGCCGUCCUCAACUCGGCCAUCAACCCCCUCAUCUACUCGUUCCGCAGCCGGGAGGUGUGCCGCGCCGUGCUGGCCUUCCUGUGCUGCGGGUGUCUCCGCCUGGGCCUGAGGGGGCCCGGGGACUGCCUGGCUCGGGCCACUGAGGCGCAGUCCGGAGCCUCCACCACCGACAGCUCGCUGCGGCCCAGAGACAGCUUCCGGGGUUCGCGCUCGCACAGCUUCAGGAUGCGGGAGCCCCUGUCGAGUGUCUCCAGCGUGCGGAGCAUCUGAGGGCGCGCGCAGCCCGGGGUGCGGCAGACGGGCGUGGGCCGCGGGGCGCGCGCAGCCACGCGACCCUGGGGAUGCAGGGAGAGGCGUGCCCGGCUGGGAGCUCCGGGCGGGCCGGGAGUCGGGGUCCUCCGCGUAGCCCUCGGGGUUGCCGACGCCACCCCCCAUAACCGGGACUGCGGCCUAGCGGUAAGGGGAGCUGGUGUGACCCUGAUGCUGGGGGCCCCUGGGGGCCCCUGGGCCGCGCUCUGGGCCUGGCUGGGGUUCCAGGCCGCGGCGUUUCCCCCAAACCCCGGGCGAGUGCAGGUUCAAAGUCGCCUCCCGCGGGCUGAUUGGCGCGCGUGUGUGCG